AUGCAUUCACAUCAUUCACACUCAGGUGAUUAUGUGGCCCACGGGGCCGAUCCAUUGGAGGAUAUAGUCGAUAGAGCCAAGCAAUUGGGAUUUGAUACGUACUGCUUAACAGAACAUAUGCCACGGUUUGACAAAAAGUACUUGUAUCCAGAAGAAAUAGAAGGAGUCGGAAACGAGAAAGCUAUUGAUCAAUUGAAGCAGAACUUUUCAAGAUUUCUUGGCCAUGCUAAACAGAUAAAAACCCGUGAGAAAGAUAACAUUAACAUUGUUAUUGGUACUGAAAUUGAAUGUUGCGACAUUGAUCACAUUGAAUAUGCUCGCACUAUAAUAAAAGAAAACCGUGAUACCAUCAAAUUCACCGUUGGAUCGAUACAUCAUAUCAAUGAGAUACCAAUUGAUUUUGACCAGCUCUCUUGGAACAGAUGUUUAGCUUCCUUCAAUAAUAAUUUGAAAGAUAUGCUGAUUUCUUACUAUGAAUUACAAUUCGAGAUGUUACAAAGAGUUCAACCAUUGGUUGUGGGUCACUUUGAUCUAUAUAAAUUAUAUUUACCGAGGAAUACACGAGUGGAUCCAUUGUCAGGCGUGGUAUGUGAAAACGAGAAUUCUGUUGUAGUUUCAGAAUUUUCUUUGAUUGAAAUGUGGGAAACAGUUCGCAAUUUAGUCAUAAGAAACUUGAAAUACAUCAAACUAUAUGGUGGUACCGUAGAAAUAAACAGUUCGGGCUUACGCAAAAAGUUGAAGGAGCCUUAUCCCGGCAGUGAUAUCUGCCAGUUAGUUAAGAAAUUUUGCGAUGGCAGGUUUGUAUUGAGUGAUGACUCACAUGCUGUAGCUCAUGUUGCUGUUUGCUAUUUACAAUUGCGUGAGUAUAUUGUAGAUGUAUUGCAAUUGCAAAAUGUCUACUACAUAUCCCAAGAAGACCCAGAGGACACUGUUACUGUAAAAUCGAUGAGCAUCGAUGAAUUCAAAAACCAUAAAUUCUGGAAUAAUUCAAUGUUAUCCCGAUGCGAAUAA